CCAUGGACUGCAGUUCUCCCCUGGCUGUGCAUUUUCUUAGUUGGAAAUGAAAAAAGAGCGUCGUCAUUGGCCACACGGCCAUCGAAGCGUGGAAGCGCCGAUGCUGUUGUUAAGUCCUGCGUAACUCCACUUUUGCUUCUCACUCUCUCUCAUGUUGUUUCGUAUACGGAACUCCGUUCUGGAUUUAUAACAGCGCCGCUUCCUCCUCUGUCCCGUUGCCCUUUGACUUUCAAUCUUCUACAUAAAAUAGCUCAAGAAGUCUUUUGCUUUGUUAUUCAGAGAGUCUUGCCACUUACACAUACGAGAGCUUCGACCCCGCACCAACAACAACAGUUUGGUGCAACAAGUAUAUCUACAGACAGCAUGGCAGAUGCAGAUGAGAAACCGAGGCCAAACAGGACAAACACAUCAGGCGCAGCAUCUCGAAGGUCUGGCGCAUCGAGAGGAACCUCUCCAGCAGAUCUGGAACGAGUCGAGACGGGAACACACUUAGACUUUGACCACUCACAUUACGUGGGACACCGCUACACCGAUCAUGACCACAACGUGGACGCAGCCGCCGAGGACGAGAUCAGCGAUGAAUUAGAUCUGACAGAAAAAGAGACAGAGAAUUCAACGGACUUAGAUGGGGCAUCACCAGGAGAUAUCGUCCCAGAAGUAAGAGAUGGAAUCGAAGAUCAGAGAGAUAUCGAAGCAGGGCCUGAGUUAGAGAAGAAAAAGACUUCAAGGAGUGCUAGAAGUGCUAGAGAUCCGGACUUGGUUACUUGGAGUGGACCAGACGACCCAACCAACCCAAAGAAUUGGUCGAUGAGACGGAAAUGGGCUGCUACUUUAGUUGUUUCAUCUUUCACUUUCAUCUCUCCCGUCUCUUCCUCUAUGGUUGCACCCGCUCUCACAGCUUUAGCGAGACAAUUCGACAUCACAAACGAGGUAGAAUUAUCUCUCACGCUUUCAAUCUUCGUUCUUGCCUACGCAAUCGGUCCGCUAUUCCUCGGCCCUCUUUCUGAAAUCUACGGAAGGGUCAUCGUCCUCCAAGCCGCAAAUCUUUUCUACCUUUUCUUCAACCUUGGAUGCGGUCUAGCACAAACCAAAGGCCAAUUAAUCGCCUUCCGCUUCUUAUCAGGUCUAGGAGGCAGCGCUCCACUAGCAAUAGGUGGAGGAGUCCUCAGUGAUCUCUUCACUGCCGAACAAAGAGGAAGAGCCAUCAGCAUCUACUCUCUCGCCCCUCUCCUCGGACCAGCAGUGGGUCCCAUCGCAGGGGGUUUCAUUGCCGAAAAAACGACCUGGCGCUGGGUCUUCUACGCAACCACCAUCGUCGACGGUGCCAUCCAAGUCGCCGGCCUCUUCUUCCUCCAAGAAACCUACCCCCCAGUUCUUCUGCAUCGCAAAAAACAGAAGCUAAUCAAAGAAACCGGCAACGACGCCCUCCACACCGAAUACGACCACCCCGACCGCACCAUCUGGACGACCCUCAAGAUCUCCCUCAUCCGCCCCUUUCGCCUCCUCGGCACCCAGAUCAUUGUCCAGGUCCUCGCCCUCUAUAUGGCCUACCUUUACGGCUUGAUGUAUUUGGUCUUGUCGACUUUUCCAAAACUCUGGGAAAACGAGUACCAUGAAUCCGUCGGCAUUGGCGGCCUAAACUACAUCUCCCUCGGCGUGGGCUUCUUCAUCGGAACCCAAGUCACGGCUCCUUGUCAAGACAUGAUCUACCGCGCCCUAAAAGCUCGCAAUAACGGCGUCGGCAGACCCGAAUUCAGAGUCCCGCUCAUGAUCCCUGGCGCCAUCCUCGUCCCGAUCGGCCUGUUCAUAUACGGCUGGAGCGCACAGGCGCAUACCCACUGGAUCGUGCCGAAUAUCGGGGCCGCGAUCUUCGCGGGCGGGACCAUCAUCGGGUUUCAGUGCAUCCAGACGUAUAUCGUGGAUUCGUACACCCGGUAUGCGGCGAGUGCUGUCGGUGCUGCUACCGUGUUGCGGAGUUUGGCUGGGUUCGGGUUCCCGCUUUUCGCGCCGUAUAUGUAUGCCAAGCUGCAUUACGGGUGGGGAAAUAGUUUGUUGGCGUUUAUUGCGAUUGGGUUGGGUUGGCCAGCACCGAUUCUGUUGUGGAAGUUUGGGGAGACGUUGAGGAAGAGGAGUACGUUUGCUGCGGGGUAGGGAGGAGGCGAGGUGUGUUUGCUUUGUUGCAUUGCAUUGCGUGGGAUGGGAUGGGAGAUUGGUUUGAAGAAUACCUUGUUUAUGCGAAGAUGAUUUUGUACAAAAAAAUACUUAAACUUCUUACUCAUACCUUACUCGCUUCAAAACGGGUCACAAGUGAAGUCACUCACUCCUCACUCACUCUCUAUUUAUUUCUCACUCACUCUUUACUUAUUUUUUACUUAUUCCUCAUUCACUCUUUACUCACUCCUCAAUCACUCUUUACUUAUUCCUUACUCACUCCUCUAUUACUCGCACUCCGCUAUCUUUUAAGUAAUAUUAAAAGCAAUCAAUACUUUGCUAGUAGUAAAGUGAGCAAUAGUAAAGGAGGCAAUAGUGAGG